CACACCAGUUUCCUCAUCCUAGCUACUUUCAUAUAUACAAACUCAAUUCCCCUUUUCAAUCAAUAUGGCUUCAAAAACAUUGCUUCUUCUUGCCCUAGCUUUUGCUGUGGUCCUUCUUGUUACCUCUGAAGUUGCCUCGGCUAAGAACAGUGAGCUCGAUGACCAUGGUCGUGGAGGAUACAACAACGGAGGAGGACGUGGAGGAUACAACAACGGUGGUGGACGUGGAGGUCAUGACAACGGAGGUGGACGUGGACGAGGAGGACAUGACAACGGAGGUGGACGUGGGGGACAUGACAACGGCGGUGGACGUGGGGGACAUGACAACGGUGGUGGUCGUGGUGGCGGCGGCGGCGGUGGCCGUGGAGGUUGCAGAUAUGGUUGCUGUGGUGGUGGACGCUACAACCACGGUGGGGGGUGCAGGUGUUGCUCUACCUUUGCCGAGGCAACUGCUUACAACCAAGCUCAUCAAAACUGAUCAUCACUACGUACGAAGGCAUAUAUAUAUAAUUGAGGGUAGUGAUGAACCAUAUUUUAUGUCACGUAAACAUAUAUAUGGUUCACCAUGCACUCAUGCAUGCAAUAUAUAUAUGCAAUGUUUAUGUAUGUAAUAAUUGGCAUGGCUUCUUUCGUAAGAAACAUGCAUUCAGUAUAAUGUAAAAUAAGUGAAAACCUUAUUUGAGUCGAUCUAUCUAUAUAUAUGCAUGUACUCCUUUCAUGCGUUGCAUAAUUAA